AUGGCAAUGGGAACGCGCUAUGCUGGGAAGGUGGUCAUCGUGACCGGCGGCGGUCGCGGCAUAGGAGCCGGGAUCGUUCGAGCUUUCGUGGAAAGCGGUGCCCAGGUGGUUAUCUGUGACAAAGAUGACUCUGAAGUCCAGACCCCCAGCCCUUCUCUUCGUACAGAGGCCAGGGGCAGGGCGGUGGAGCGAGAGCUUCCUGGCACUGUCUUUCUGCUCUGUGACGUGACUCGGGAGGAAGAUGUGAGGACCCUCGUUUCUGAGACCAUCCGCCGAUUUGGCCACCUGGAUUGCAUAGUCAACAAUGCUGGCUACCACCCACCCCCACAGUGGCCCGAGGAGACCUCCGCCCAGGGCUUUCGCCAGCUGCUGGAGCUGAACCUGCUGGGGACGUACACCCUGACCAAGCUCGCCCUCCCUCACCUGCGCAAGAGUCGGGGAAACGUCAUCAACAUCUCCAGCCUGGUUGGGGCGAUUGGCCAGUCCCAAGCGGUUCCCUACGUGGCCACCAAGGGGGCAGUGACAGCAAUGACUAAAGCCUUGGCCCUGGAUGAGAGUCAGUAUGGCGUCCGUGUCAACUGGUGA